UGGCAGAGGGGCGAAAUCGCAAGUUGGUGCUACAUAUAUAUAAAACAUACGUAUAUAUCGUGUUACAAUGGUGCAGUGUCGAUUGCUGUUUGGUAGCGGGAUCUACAAAUACUAACUCCUGUGCUUCCAGGAGGCACGAUGUUGCCGCCGCCACCAGUUGCAAUAUUUCCACCUGCGGCUGCAAUGCUACCACGUGGACCACCACAAUUUGCAGCACAUUAUCCGCCUCCAAUUUUCUAUUGGCCUUAUCCUUCGCCACCAGUUAGUCCAACUAAUUAUUAUAAUCCAGCAAAUGUUGGCGGUAUUGCGGCGAUUCCUCAGCAAGCAGCUUUGUUAACUCCAGCCGAAUGCUUACAAUUAGCACCAGGAACGACUGUACCUGCUACAAAUACACCAACCGCAGAACCACGCAUUGAAGCUUUUCUUCCACGAAUGGAUUUAGAAAAACGUGUUCCUGUUCCUGCACCUUCUCAAGCCGAAUGUAAUCCUUUCGUUGAAGUAUUUAUGGUUUGAUGAUCGUUUGAUCAAGAUUUAUAUGGCAAAUUCAUCUUAAAUAUUCUGCAGCACAUUCGAUCAUCGGCAGAAUUGAGUAUAUCUUUCAGCCUCGCACGACAGAAAUGAUUUCCUACUACUUGCAAAAAAAAAACGUACGUAUACUUACGAUAAGAAGACUUCUUGUCUAAAACGUCGAGGAAAUUUGUGAAAAGAUCUCGAGAAGUAUCCAGAAUGAUGACAGGAUUCAUAUAUUUUUCUUAUCUUCGAAAGAAGCCUUUCCCAAUCCUCUCCCCUCCCCCCCCCAUAAAUUUAACGUGUUUCAGUGUGGCACGUUUCUUUCUAGUCUAGAGGCAGAUGCAAGUCGUCGUAGCAUAACACAGUGAUGUCGUUUCUUUCUCAUCAUUUAUUUCAGUUCUUCUGGAACAGAACGUGCACAGCACGUUUUCUAUUCUCUUGAUCCCUUCAUUUUUUUCUAAGCUUUGACUUUAUUACUUCUUCUUUAUAUUUUUUUUUUUCUUUUCAUUUCAUUUAGUGCUCUAUGAGUCAAGUAUCAGAGUGCUACAUUUCUGGAAAUAAAGAAUCACGAUCGAGCAAUAUCGUUUGGUUGUGUUAGAUUUUCAAUUAUUUUAAAUAUUAGGUCUGCAGAAAAUGAAUGACCACAAUGUAGAUUCGAUAUUCAAAAUUCGAAUAUAUUAAAUAAAUUUGAUUAACAUCGUAUUAAUAAAUUCAUAUUAAUAAAUACUAAUUCGCAAUGAUUUAAUGCUUUCAUGAUUCGGUGAUCACAUUAUUAUCAAAAUCGAAUUAUGCGGGUAUUUUUUAAAAAAUCUCGUUUUUUUUAAAAAAAACAUAUUCCAAUGUUUUAUUAACAUUGCUAAUUUUAUUAAGAAUUUAAUGAUUCAUUGCUAAUAAUAAUGUAUAUUUUAUAUGACUUGCUAUUUAAAAUAUAAAUGUUUAUAUAUCAAAUUUUAUUACUCUACUAAUCAGAGGAAUUUUAUUUGUCAGUUAGCAGUUUCAUGUUUCAUUAUUAACAUCACUUGUGUGACGUUAAAUAAUUCUAAUAAAAUUAAUUGUAAUGUUGGUGAAAUGUGUUCGGAAUAUGUAUUUCGAUUUUGACAAUUCUGUUUGUAACAUUGUGGUUUCGUGUAACAAAUUAAAGUUUUAUGUUUGAUCACAUUGAUCAUGUUGAUCUUUUUCGCUUAACAUGAUGAAAGUGGUCGAAAAUAUUAAAAAAAAAAAAAAAAAAAAAAAGAAAUAAAA